AUGAAAGUUUUUGUGGUGGUUCUUUUGGCGUUGGUGGCCUGUGCCAAUGCCGGGUCCUUGUCAUCGGUGGCCCAACGUUUAAUUCCCAGUUUUGCCACCGGCCACAUUAUUAAGGGCGAGGAUGCUGAACCCCACUCUGCUCCCUAUAUUGUGUCGUUGAGUCGCACCGCCAAGCACUCACACAUCUGUGGUGGCAGUUUGAUUAACAAAAAUUGGGUCCUGACCGCUGCCCAUUGCAUUAGCAAACCAGUGGGUAUGGGUAUUGUUGCUGGUCUCCAUAAACGUACUACCUUCGAUGAAAAGACCCAAGCUCGUGUUGUCGAUUAUGGUGUAGUCCAUGAACAGUAUACCGGUGGUGUUGGCCCCUAUGAUAUUGCCAUUUUGCAUGUGUCGGAACCUUUCGAAUUCAAUGAAUGGGUGAAACCUGUUGCUUUGCCAGCCUAUGAACAGAUUCAUGAUGGUGAGACCCAUUUGUAUGGUUGGGGACAACCUAAGGCUUUCUCAUUCUCCGCUGCCAGUACUUUGCAAACUGUAACCACCGAAAUUGUUGAGUUCAAUAAGUGCAAGGAAGUUUUGCCAGCUGAUGCUCCUCUGCAUGAAACUAAUGUCUGCUCCGAUUCUUUGCAACAAAGCAUUUCGGCCUGCAAUGGUGAUUCUGGUGGGCCAUUGGUUAAGGAAUUCGCCACUAAAGGUGAUGCUGAGUUGAUUGGUAUUGUAUCGUGGGGUUAUAUUCCCUGUGGCAUGGCUCAAAUGCCUUCGAUUUAUACUCGUGUCUCUGCCUACAUUCCAUGGAUUCAAAAUGUCCAAACUUCCUUCUACAUGGAAACUAUGAAAACUUUUGUGAUCCUUUGUGUCUUGUUUGUGGCUUCGGUCAAUGCUGGUCAUUUGUCAUCGGCGGCCCAACGUUUGAUACCCAGCUUUGCCACCGGUUACAUCAUCAAAGGCGAAGAUGCUGAACCCCAUUCCGCCCCCUACAUCGUUUCGCUGAGUCGUACCGCCAAACACUCACACAUCUGUGGUGGUAGUAUUAUCAACAAGAAUUGGGUCCUAACAGCUGCCCAUUGCAUUAGCAAACCGGUCGGCAUGGGUGUGGUGGCUGGUCUCCAUAAGCGUACCAAUUUCGAUGAAAAAACCCAAUCUCGUGUUGUCGAUUAUGGUGUAGUCCACGAACAAUAUACCGGUGGUGUUGGUCCCUAUGAUAUUGCUAUGUUGCAUGUGUCGGAACCUUUCGAAUUCAAUGAAUGGGUGAAACCUGUUGCUCUACCCGCCUACGAACAGAUUCAUGAUGGUGAGACCCAUUUGUAUGGUUGGGGCCAACCUAAGGCUUUUGUCUUCUCCGCUGCUAGUACCUUGCAGACAGUCACCACUCAGAUCGUUGAAUUCAAUAAGUGCAAGGAAGUCUUGCCAUCUGAUGCUCCUCUGCAUGAAACCAAUGUCUGUUCGGAUUCUUUGCAACAAAGCAUUUCGGCUUGUAAUGGUGACUCUGGUGGUCCAUUGGUUAAGGAAUUCGCCACCAAAGGUGAUGCUGAGUUGAUUGGUAUUGUAUCGUGGGGUUAUAUCCCCUGCGGUAUGGCCCAAAUGCCUUCGAUUUAUACUCGUGUCUCCGCCUAUAUUCCAUGGAUUGCUAAUGUCCAGAAUAAUUAUUACAAAUCGAUUUAAAGGAA